UUUUUCCGAUUUUAACGUCGUAAUUUCAAUGAACGUUUCUUAAGUUACCUCAAAAUGAACUGGAUUUCGAAGAAAUUUAGAGCAGGUGUUCAAGAGGUUAAAGAGCGAACAAGCAGAGACAUCACUCAGGUGGAAGAUGUAGGAACCCUAGUUAAUGAAAACUUAUUCGAAAGAGACAUUCUGCUGGCCAUGAAAAUGCUUGCUUCUUCAUCCAACAUUUCCGAAAGAAAACAAGCCAUUAAAGACCUUGGACAUCUGUCUUGGUCAGGAGGUCCGUCGGUGGCUAAGUUUGCUGGUAACCAGUUCGUCAAUUUACUCAGUCUGUUAAAUGAUCCAAAUGAAGCAACUGCCCUGAAAAUGCUCACAGUUCAUGCAAUUGGUGAAAUAUGUUGUGCAAACAGAGAAAAUCAGGAUAAAGCAAGAAUGUAUGGUCUUCUUGAGAAACUUACAGAGUUUCUAAGCACAACUGACAAUGAGCCGGACUACACUGCUCUGAGACGUUCUACAGCUGCCUGCCUGCUGACGCUUGUGUGUGAAAAUCAGGAGAAUCAAAAGGCUCUCCUUCGCACAGACAAGCUGCAGGAACAUUUGACCUCUAUCUCAAUGGAAAACUGGACAGCAUGGGAAGAAAAUGAAGCAGCACAACUGAUUACAUUUCUUGGACUUGACUACAGGGAAGAUUCACGUUCUCGAUGGGCGAAGAUGAGGGCAUUGAUUACUACUGCACAAAGAGAAACAUGAAGAAAAAAUUCUGUAUUGGGGUCUGACAAUUCUUCGUUGAAUAAAAAAAUUUGUACUGGCAACAAUUGCCUAUGAACAAACUAAGUUUAAUAUACCUUGAGGAUAUUUAUAUGGCAUGACAUACACGUUUUGUUCCAUUUGAAGUGGAAUAUGUUCUGGGUCGUUGCCCGAUUUCUGCAGGCAACUCGCACUACAAAAGCGCAUUUUUCAUCUCCGCGUUGAAACAGAUUUAGCCAAAAAUCAUAAAAUAUGUUAUACAUGUGAAAUAAAAGCGUAUAGUUACAUACCUGAUAAAUGACAAACCGACAAAUUAAACAAAUUUGAUUUCCGUAAAGUAACGCGACUUGAUGGUUCUGAUAAAAUUGCAUCCAUCAUUAGGGCAACGGCUCGUUAAAACAGAUCUGUAGAUCCUAUUUCAAUUCUCGUUAGCAGAACUGCAGCAGAUAAGAGCGCAAUUUCUUUACAAGAACCUCUCGUUAAAACCCUGUUAAUUGAAAAGUCAAAUACCGUAAAACGUAUAAAAAAAAAGAAAUUGAUAGAACUUAAAUUUGGAACUAGCUUUUUCUUUGAAAUUUUUAAGAAAGAAUGUUUGCAAUCCAGUAUUUACAACGGAUUAAUGUACGAUCAAAGUUUUUCUCGGCUUUGUCCAUGCAACUUGUUUGCGGAUGGAUGUGAAUAUAAUCAUGCGUGCAAAAAAAAAAAAAA